AUGCUACUGCAAAAGACCCUAUUUUUCGCUUUAAUUAUCUUAUUCCUCUCCGUGAGCGAACAAAACAAUUUUAUUCGCUCAAGGAAGGGUGAUUAAUUUUUUAAAAAUUAUAUAUAGUAAUUUUUCGAAAUUUAAAAAAUCCAGAUUCGCAAAAAUUGGAAAGCAAAUAUUUAUUUAAUUUGUAAAUUUUAUAUCUUAGAAUACAAGCUGUUUAAAAUUAAGCACGAUUAGCUAGAGAUUUCAUAUAAAUAAUUAUUACUUAUAUGUAAAUUUGUUUCAUAAAAAAUUUUGGUUCGUUCGCUGAGGGUGGGGCUCUUAGGUAUUUUUCCAAUGAUUUUGCUCGCUUAUGGAGGGGGUUAGUUAGUAAUUACAGAUUUCAGCUUAGAAGAGCUAAAAGAAAACUCCUGUUACUCCCUUACAAUGUGACUUCAAAAACAAAAAUUUGAUGAAUUAGAAAGAGCUAUAGCAAUAAAGCCUAAUUUAGAUGCGGUAGAUUUAAGAAAUAAAUUGAUAGAAAGAGCUUAUAAUCACUGUAUACAAUGAAUUUCAGAUGAAGAAGCAAUAGAAAUUUCACAUACAAGUCUAUCAAAGCAGGCUAGGUUUGGUCAAUUGGUGCCUGUGCUGAUAGAGGGGCUUAAUAGUUCUAAAGAUAUAGAAAUUGAUUUUAAAUACACAAAAAAGAGAAGAGAACUCAGAUAUAGGGUGGAAACUGGGGGCCCAAGAAAGAAGUUUUCAAGACGAGGGAAAAUUGACGAUUUAUAA